UAAUCCAGCAGCGCCCUUCACUCACACUCGCCGCCACUCAGUGCUCUCCUCUACGGUCUGGCAGUGCGCGUCUCCUCAUCCACCUAUCGUUCAUCCAUCUUGAUUCAUCCGCAUAAACCCACCUUUCAUAUCUCUGGAAAAUAACUUUUGACACCUUCCAGUAUUUCAUAUAGUUUGUCACCUUAAGGAAAAAAAAAAAAAAACUUCCUGAGCAGAAUAUAAACGUCUUUGCCGACACUAACAAGCCACAACACCUGACGCGGCCACGGCGAGCCUUGUACGUAACCUGUGACAUGACACCUGCAGCGCCUCGUUACUGCGCCUGCCAAUACGGAGAAGUGCCGUGCGGGUGUUCCUUCGCCACAGGACUGCACCACAACAGUAAAGCGAGAACACAAAAACAAGUGUCAUCUGAAAACACCAACCAUGACAGAGUCCUCCGGGAGGCGUGAGGUGGCAGCGAGUGUCCCUCCUCCCGCACUCGAGUCAUGGCGGUGCAGCAAGACGUCCAGUAGCCUCUAGGGAGCAGCAGCCGCGAGUACCACCUCUGCAGAAUGGGUCGCUAUGGCAUGGGCCACGGCGCCAUCGCCAUCAGGAGGGAGAGGACCCGUCGCUCUCGCCGCUCCUCCGUACCAGGGGACCGCUUGCAGUACCACCCUCGCCCCGACAACUACUUCUACUACUACAACCGCCACCAGCAACGCAAGAGCUCCGUGGGCUCUAGCCAGAGUGCCCCGGUGAAGGGCAGUGGCGAGGGCGGCGCCGCGACCCUCCCUGACCCGCAUGGCCAGACGGUGGUCAUCCCGGGUCAGGUCCCGCCCAGCCCGCUCUCCAUCAGGGGCGACCACAAACCAGGCGGGCCGCCCCCGUCCGGCCCUGAGUGGUGGCCGGGCCCUCCGCUACAGCAGGGCGGCGUGAUGGUGCCGAAGCAGAAGGAAGGGGGCGGGCCCGGCCUUCUCGCUGACGUGACAGGACUGUUCUCCGGCAUGAACACUUGGGGCAAAAUUCAGUCUCGUCUGUGGCCCAAGGAUGAAGGAGCCGCCGGGCCGCAGCAAGGAGCAAAUGGUGAUGAUGGAGCAACCAAAGCCAACCAUCAUGUGUCCUUUGCGGAUGAGCUACCUAACGGGAAGAACGCCUGGGGAGGAAGAGUAGGCGAUAAAAAACGGGCGUCAGACGCUCAGAGAAGAUGGCUGAACAAAAACAAGGUCGGGGAUUCCGGCGGUGGGAGCCUGGAGAAACGGCCCGACGGCAAAUACCGCCAGACAGGGGUCGUCAACAUCGUCCUGUACGUUGGCCUCGGACUCAUCUCUUUAGGACUCAUCAUCACAUUCGUGGGGAUGGGCGAGCACGGAUUCAAGUCCCCCGAGCUGCAACUUAUCGGGCCGAGCCUCAUCGGUUGCGGCUUUCUAUUCUGCCUCCUGCGCUUGUUCUUCUGCUCCACCCCGGCCUGCUGCGCCAUCUGCUGCAACAAAAGAAGCACACCGUUGGAUGAGAAGUCUCUCUUGUCCCCAUCCCGCGAGACCUUGACUGAGGAGUCCGCGGAAUCCCAACAGCACCAGCAACGGCAGCAGCAGGACCAGGAGGAGCGGGAGCAGGAGGACAGCGGGAGCGAGGUGCCACAGCGCCUCGAGACUCACGAAGAAAAUGAUCACCAGGAGGCGAGACGAAUCACCUCCAAGACGGCGCGUCGCGUUCAGUCCACAAUCCCUAACCUAAUUGAGGAUGAGUUCGACGAUGACGCGGACCUUGGCCUGCACGUGGAGUACAUGGAUGAGGUGGGCCGCAGCCUCAGUCCCAAGCAGCAGGGUGGCGGCUCUCUCAGCAGCUCUAGGGCAGGUUCGGCCCGAAGCCACGGCUCUGCGGCGUCCAAGGUUCCCCGCCUGCCGGACAUCCACACUGUGGGCCGCCAAGACACCGAAAUUGUGCUGAACCCCGCCACGCUGGAGGGUGCCGUGGACUGAGUGGGCGAGGGUAGGGAUGGACACAAUGAGGGGACAAUUCAAUACUCUUUAUAAUGUUUUUAUAUAUCUCUUUCUUUCUUUUCCCAUUAGUGGAUCGAUUCAGAUCAGUGGACAGUAUUUAUGCUGGUUUGAAAGAUCGAAAAGAGGGAGAAAAAAUAAAGUACAAUCAAACGGUGAUCUUCGGCGAGUGCUACAGCAUGGUGAGACGGAAAAUAGUCAGAGCCAGGAGGAGGGCCCGCGCUGCCUUCUCUGGAUCUGCAGAGUGACUUCUAGUUAUAGUCGAACUCAUGCAAAGUCGGCCUCCCUAUGUACACCCUACCAGCAGUGUUGCAGCUUAACUCUCCCCAUAGCAUGGUAAUGCCCCACCCCACUUUUCCUUUCGUGUGAACAGCUCAAAAAUAAGCGUGCAAGUUGGAUGCGGCACUACGAUAUCCCGAGAGUCGGAGAAAAUGAACGAUCGGCUGGCCUGGAGUGAUGACGGGAACCUUCGUACUACACCGCUACUCGUCACCCCCUCAAGUUCGCAUCCUGGCUGGCUCUGGGAUGCGGAUAUAGAGAUGGUGAUUGUGAUAAUUAUCUUCUCGGGUAUCGCCUUUCAACCCUUCAGCCCCAGCAACUAGAACCCCCUCCCCAAGAUACAUGCACGACCAUCUUGUUCCAGACAAAAGCUCCUCGCAGGUGCACAGCAUUGGCAUCACCCACCUUGUACUUUGGCCAACGAAGAAUUCCCACAUUCCUCAUGCCAAUGUUGCCUGACUGCCCUGAACUGUGAAACCUUAGAAGUACAUAGAGGAGUCCCAAGAAUAUCAGCAGGAGUGAGAACAUGAACCAUCACGUGCGUAUAUGCCAUCACCAACCUCCAGAUUACCUUGACUAUUUUUUAUGUGAUCAGCAUCUAUAUGUCUACAAUCAUAAAUCCUCCCAAGUCAGCAUUCAUAAGUUUCAAAAGUACGAUAAAGGGGGAAAAUGUUCAAGAAAUGCAGCUGCACAACACGAACAAAACCAUAAAGUAAGAUAAUGAUCCGAAUAUUACACAUUUUCAAAUUUUUGCAUUGUGUGAAGGCAGGUUUGUCAUUGAUUCAUCUUAUACAUAAUGAAAUGGGGUUGCUUCUGACCUGUUCUUUGGAAUAAACACAGGUGAAUAUGUAACGACAACAAUGAACUUGUAAAUGGAGAGAGAGAGAGAGAGAGAGAGAGAGAGAGAGAGAGAGAGAGAGAGAAUUUUGACUUUAGUUUUUUUUUCAAUCUCAAUAACAAAAAAAUUUUCAUUCCAAUAGCCAAAUAGAUUUUUUUAUUUCUAAAUGUAAAUGUGCCAUCAUGAAUGAAGUGUGUGUGUGUGUGUGUGUGUGUGUGUGUGUGUGUGUGUGUGUGUGUGUAUCCUGAUUUAUACACUCUUAUACCGAUGAUCUGUUGGGGACUAAAGAAGGUGUCAACACAGCAGAACUCAAUCCAAUCUUAGGUUCCUUACUUUCUACAAUGUGUGUGACGAGUGUACUAUGUUUGUUUCGUGAAUGUGUGUACCUACCAUGCUGUAUUUUCCACAAUAUCUCUUUUUAUGUAUACAGUAUAAUAUACAUAUUAAUGUUAGGCUGCCCUUGACUUGAAAGCUGUUUCUAUAGAUUACUGAAACUCGUUUUUCAGUUGAGAGACUCCUGUUGAACUAAGGAGCAGAAGUAUAUCAAGUAUUACAUACCGUGCAUGAUGAGAUGUCAGCUGAAUAUUUUUUUUACAUGCAUGUUCAUCGUCAUCUCUAGUGAUAUAAAUGUAAAUAGAGAUUAUUAUAUUCUCAGUGCAACCCUAAUGUGGAGAGCACAUGUGUAGCUAACAUUUCCUACCACAUUUUGAGAGUGAGCGAGUGACUUCAUGAUACAAAGAGCCAGACAUCAGAACAUCACAUAAGAGAAAAAAGAUGAUUUAAUUGUCCACACUGCUAGCGACUGGAGCAAUAACAACCAUAGUGACAUACGGUGUUAUACUGCAAUUAUUCUCUCAGUUUUCUUUGCUAAAAAGAUCAAUUUG